AUGCCCCGGCUCACACCGCUGCUGCUCCUCCUGGUCCGAACGGCACAGUGCGGCGCGCGCGGCGCUGAGCGCGCGCGCGCGAGCCGUGCCCACGCGUCGUCGUCGCACGCGACGAGCGCGCAGUCCGCGGCGGGCGCGAGCAACGCGGACGCGGACGCGAAGCGCUCGAAGCCUUCGCCCGGGCCGGCGAGCCAAGGGCCGGCGAGCCAAGGCGAGAGCCGCGCUCGCGAGUGCUGCCACUUGCUGCGCGGCGCGCCGAAGACCGGGACGACGUGGACGACGGAGAUCCUUGAGAAGAUCGCCGCGCUCGCGUGCGAGGAGGGUCCCUCGGAGGAGCCCGCGCGCGCCGGCCGUGGCGCCGGCUGCCGCGCGUGCGCGAAGUGCGACGGCGACAGCGGCAAGCACAGCAACGGCUUCGACGCGGGUAUUUACGCGGGCGCGGCGUCGAAGCGCUCGGACGUGCGCUUCAUCUCGACGUACCGCGACCCGCGCGACGUCGCCGUCUCGAUGUACCACUGGAGCGGCGUGUUCAAGUCCGAGUUCAGGUCGACGACGGCGUCGGAGUACGCGAUCCGCAAGGGGUGCCGCGAAGCGACGCGGCGCGCCAACGCGCAGAUCGCCGCGGAGAACGGCAAGGGGCCGAAUGCGCGCGUGCUUCGCGUCUUCUACGAGGCGACGAAAGUCGAUCCCGUCGGCGUCAUUAUGAUCGUCGCCCGAUUCAUCGGCCACCCGAUCCGCCAAGAGCAGGCCGUCUCCGUCGCGAACGCGACGUCGUUCGAAUCGAUGCGCCGAGAGGAAGCCUCGGGCGAGAUGCAUUUGAAGGUGCACCCCGACUCCGCAGCGAAGCUGCAGAAACCGACCGAUCCCACGAUGCUGAAUGGCGUCAUGACGCGCAGCGGUAUCGCCGGCAACUUCAUGCAAGAGCUGAACGCCACGGCGCAGCGAGCGUGCGUGCGAGAGAUGAAGCGCCUCAGACCCAUGCUCGCGUCUCGCUACAUGCCAGUCUACGAGGCAGACGCUGCUUUUGACUUCUUACCAAAACCCUAACCUUGAAUCCACCCGUCCUAGCUACGCAUGCGUUGUCCCCGGGCG